AUGGCAUCGCAACUACCGCCAGCAACCCCCAGAUCGGUGUUGCGCGGCCAUCAUGCUCAGGUGCACGCAACCGCAUUCAUCAGCGGUAACCAGCGCCUUGCGUCAGGUGAUGCCGAAGGAUAUGUCGUGUUGUGGGACCUCACUAUCAUGCGCCCUACAGCGGUAUGGCGUGCUCACACAAAUGCCAUCCUAGGCAUCGCCUCCUGGGGUACGGACAAGGUCAUUACGCACGGAAGGGAUCAUCGGUUGAAUGUCUGGAGAGUCACCGAGGAGGACGAAACUCGAUUGAGCACAACACUGCCACUGGACCCUUCGUCAGAUUCGAGACCCCAGCCAUGGCUACUGCACAUUAUCGAGGUCAAUACUAUGAACUUUUGCUCAUUUGGGUCUUGCCGGGCCACAGAAGAUGAGUCGACUGAAGAAAUCCUCAUAGCUGUCCCUAACACUCUAGCCUCAGAAUCAGUUGACAUAUACAGGCUUCCUAGCCAGGAAAGGCUUUAUACUAUUCACUCUUCUGAAAAAGGAGAGAAAAGUGGUAUGGUGAUGGCACUAGCUCUCCUGCAUCUACAUUCCUCUCUGGUAUUGGUGACCGCGUAUGAGAACGGUCUUGUCACGGUAUUUCAACAAGAUUUGUUUGAAAAGUGGCAUCUCGUGUAUCGAGCACACAGUCAUAGCCAACCUGUAUUAUCUUUAGAUGUUGCUCCUAACAAGGAGUACUUCUUGACGUCGGGCGCGGAUGCACUUCUGGUAAAGCACCCAAUCCCUAGACCAAUAAACACUCAGAAGCUACAAGAAAAGACAGAAGCCCACGAGAAGGAAGAGGUUCAGACUCUACAGCCAGGCAAGGGAAAGUCACUACUUUCCGCAGCGUUAGCAGGGGAAUCGAGGCGUGCGAAGAUACUACCGCAGCCAGCACCCGAAGUUCAGACACAGGCCCUAAAGAUCGUGAACACCAGACAUUCAGGCCAGCAAAGUCUUCGAGUUCGUUCGGAUGGUAAGAUCUUCGCCACGGCAGGAUGGGAUUCUAAAAUUCGGGUCUAUUCGGCACGAACAAUGAAGGAACUCGCAGUUCUUAAGUGGCACCAGGUUGGAUGCUUCGCGGUUACCUUUGCCAAUCUUGAUUUCGAAGUCAACGGACCAGCAGAGAACGAGCCUAAUGAGACUAAUAAGGAAACAGUUGGGGAGAAAAGUAAUGCUGCUGUUCCUAAACUUGUUGAUGUGACCGUUAGACAAAAGCGGAUUAAACAGGCAAAGGAGUCUCACUGGCUUGCAGCUGGAAGCAAAGAUGGCAAAAUCAGCUUGUGGGACAUCUAUUAA